AUGGUCAAAUUUGAACUAUUUGGCGCUUUGUGGCAAUUUGGGACCAUCAACGAAGACGGAUCUCCUAAUGGUUGUAAUGCCCCAAACAUCCUCAACUAUUUAAUCAACAUCCCCGUUCGCGAGGUGUUUUAUGAUCCGCCGGUUCCUGCCAUUGCAUAUACACCAUUACCAACACCUCCUGCUGUAUUGAUGGGUACUAAUAUUACCAUCGACUUAUAUGAAGUUCAGCAGUCAGUUUUACUUUAUCAGGAAAAGUGA